UCUUUGUUGAGAAUCACAUUCAUUGUCCUUGGUAUCCAUCAUGGGUAAAGUUUCCAAGUCCAGUGUUAUAGAAUUUUCUGUUUCGUCGAUACGACUUCAAAUCUUCUUCAAGAGUAACUUUUGUAUUGUCUACAACAAAAAUGUUUCGCCUUCGUCAAGCACCAAGAGGAAUCUUUAGUCCCCUGACCGCUGCGGAGACAUUGGAACUUGCUAGAGUUGUCGGACCUCCUCUUCUUCUCCCGUCAUAUGUACCCCUCCCCGUCCAAGUAGCCCCGGAUAACCUUGCUAUGGUUGGUAAUCCUACACGACAGGAGAUUCAGCUUAUGGCUGGUUGGAGCGGGCCAGGAUAUGCCGGAAUACCUCUGGCUGGCAAUCCCCCACCUAGUGCUGCUUGGUGGGUUAUAUCAGAAGCACAAGACAAAUAUCCUAGAUUGGUUUGCGAAAGAGUAAAUUCGGUUUGUCCACGCCAGGCUGAUGGUGUAAAUGAUGUACCAUAUUGCGCAUUUAUUGGGACAGGAGUUUGGAUUCCACCUCCGGGAUGUAUCCGCCACAAGCCGUCAGAGUCGAGGACGGAUGGGAUGUACUGACCCGCUGGAGAUUAAAUGUUCGUAAUCAGUUUUAAUUUACAAGGUUCGCUGUCUUUUACACACAAUUGUUUUCCUGCCAAGCUCCACUUUUCCUCUCCGCCAAACACAUCUUUCUUGUUUCCUCAUACGACGUUAAUUCCUGGUUUUCCUUGAAAGUCUCUCCUUUGUUGGCAAUUACUCACUUUCCUAUCUACAACAGCCCGCAAGCUUGUCGAUGGCUAUGCAACAGGUUUUGAUGGAAACUUUUAUAAUAUUACACCCCGAAUGCUGCAGCCCUACGAAACGCCCUUAGCGAGGGUUCCCGCUACUCAAACAUCUCAUGUACUUAUGCAAGUGGUUCGUAAUCAAUUUCCAAACUCUACAGUUAUCACACAGAAGAAUCUGUUUUUCAACCUCAACAUCAACUUUUCUCCACUUUCAAACAUGUUUUUAUAGUGGAGUUCUCUUUACUUGUUCUCCUCCAAAAUCUCUUCUUAGUAAAUUAGUAAAUUGUUACUAACUCCCUAAUCACGAGCAGGUCGAUGAACGGUUUGGGUUCGGAACGGUACAUUAUUCUCUAGUGGUAAUCUCACCUAAACGGAAAACAAUCGAUUUUUUUGGAUAAUAUCAAUGGACUUCAGGCCCCGAAUGCUAAUCCUCCUCCACUCCAAAGACACCACAAUCCUGAUCAAAAACUUAUUAGCCAUAUCUUGAACUUCUUUUCGAACUACAUGUCAGGAACUACUAAGAGUGGAAAUGAAUUUAAUCCAAAGCAUUGGCAGAUGAGAAUCAAUGCUUUAGCUUAAAACCCCGUACCUCCUGCUGGCCUAGUGGACGAAACGACGAGUGCCGCGAUGGUUUGCACGAAUGCUCUAUUAGUCGCGAUGGGAUAUCGUUUAGGUUUCUUCAAUAACAUUCCUGCCGGAAUGACUCGAG